UCUGUGUGGAGCUGCGAGCCCGACAGAGAAAACGCUCCGUCUGAUGGAGCUGAUUCUUCACAAGGGAGAAGAGGCCUGUAUGACGUUCCUUGAUCAUCUGGAGAACAUGAUUCCCAGAUUUCCACCAUUGUCUCGGGUGUCUCUACACUUCCAGGAUAGCAAAAACAAAACUUUUGAAGACCUCUUGUUUGAACUUGGAAUGGAUAAGAACAUAAACUCGCAGCUGACUCUGAGAAAUGUUCUGAGCAUUGGUCUGGAGAAUCUAAAUCAUUUCAAUCCUAAAACCCCCGCAGACCUCCCCCAUCACUUCUUAAGGAAUAUUAUAGCCUUGGACAGAAGUGCAAGAAAUACUGAACUUUACGAUGAUCUGUCAGACCAGGGAUCGAGUGUAGAUGAUGAUCCAUUUGAUAUGUUCGACAGUAAAACAGCAAAUUGUUCUAGAUCAAAAUCCCUUCACCCUUUAGAUGUUCUGUGCGCUGUCCUCAACUGUUCAGAUAAAAGCCUUCAGCAGGAGAUUAUAUCUAAAAUGUCAGUUUGUCAGUUUGCUGUUCCUCUCUUGCUUCCAGCUGGUUAUGGUCCUAACAGCACCUUCAUGCUUUGGGCAAUGAGAGACAUAGUGAAGAAGUGGAGACCUCAGUCACUGGCCGACAGUAAAGGCUUCAGAGAAGACAACGUGGUGAAUAUUGAAAUGCCGAUCUUCUCUUUCGUCAGGCUGGGGCCAAAUAAAUUAUCUAAAUCUAAAAUAUUAAACCAAGUCCUGAACUCAGCUCAACAACAUCAUGACUUCUUCAUACAUGACAACAUGGAAGGAGGGAACAUUGAGAGGAAGAUAUCUGAUGGGCUGGUGGAAAUCUCCUGGUACUUUCCUUGUGGGAAAUCAGAUGUUUUCUUAGAGCCUAUUGCUGUGGCCAACCUACGUGGAGACCUGGAGUCCAACUGGGAACAGUUUACCUUUCUCACCCGAAUCUCAUCGGCCACCUUUGUAUUUCUUGAGAGCAUGUGUGAGAGACAGCUCCGAUUAUUAUCAACCUGGUGUCCCGAUGACACUAAGUUCUAUUUCAUUGUCAGUCCAGGAAAAGACAAGGCUGUUGACCCAGAGACAAGGAGACACAUACAAAAUCUACUCCCACUUCUAAAGAUUGAGAGAACAAAUGUUAUAGUAAAAUCGGCCACUAUGAAUGAUGCAGACUUCAUGAACAAGGUCAAAAAAAUGAUGGACUGUCAAUUAAAAAAUAAUCCUAAACUAGAAAGACUAAAGGAUAUAACUGAACAAACUUCUAAUCUUAACAUUGAUAUAGAUGAGGCUUCUUCAGAAUUGAGGACAGCAAGGGACUAUGCCAUGAACAUCACCUCAAUGAUAGAAAAUGUGGAAAUGUUUAAGAAUCAAAGCUUGACUUUACAAGGAGAUCUGUGGAAACAGUUGUCUAAAUUGGAAAAGGAAUUUUGCAGAAUGACAAAACAAGGUGGGAAAGAUCAAGAAAUGUAUGUGUCAGAUCUAAAAGAGGAACGUAGUUUACUCCUCAGAAAACAAAAUGAGCAUGCUCUACCGGAAGCCAUGGCGUUAUUUAUCAGUGCAAUUACUCAUUUAUCUAAAAAUGAGAAACAGCAUUUUCUUAAAUGGAUGAAAUUUGAUCUUGAUUCCAUUGCAAGAAAAAAUGUAUCCAAAUUACAGACUGAAUAUAAAGAAAAGUGCAACAACCUUAAUACAUCAGUCAAUCCUCAAGAACUUAAGCAGCUUGACAAGAGAAUUUCAGAGAGUUCAUUAGGAAUUGAACAUUUUCUCCGUGAGUUAGGACAGUUUUAUGAAGCUGAAUAUUCAACAGUAAAAAAUGAAUCUAAAAAACAAUUUAAUACCCUCCCAGACACAGCAGCCGAUCUCCUGUUGGAUGGGUUCCCAUUGGAGUUGAUUGAUGGGGAUGCUUCCAACAUCCCAUUACAGUGGAUAACUGAUGUCCUGACUGAGCUGGAUAAAAAGACUAAAGGAAACUGUAGGAUGAGAGUAAUAACUGUGCUGGGGGUGCAAAGUACGGGGAAGUCCACCCUUCUGAACACCAUGUUUGGUCUACAGUUCCCUGUGGCCAGUGGACGAUGCACACGAGGAGCCUUCAUGACCCUUAUUAAAAUGAAGGAGAGCUUCCAGGAUGAGAUUGGUUGUGAAUUUAUUCUAGUAAUUGACACUGAAGGGUUGAAAGCUCCUGAAUUGGCUUCUCUGGAGGGCAGCUAUGAACAUGACAAUGAAUUAGCCACAUUAGUGGUUGGGUUGAGUGACAUCACCAUAGUCAACAUGGCCAUGGAAAAUACCACAGAGAUGAAAGAUAUUUUGCAAAUUGUGGUCCAUGCAUUUCUAAGGAUGAAAGAAGUUGGCAAGAAACCCAACUGUCAGUUUGUUCAUCAGAACGUGAGUGAUGUGUCUGCUCAUGACAAGAAUAUGAGAGACAGAAGAAGACUUCUAGAACAAUUAGAUCAAAUGACAAAAGUGGCGGCAAAAAUGGAAAAGAAAAGUGGCUUUGAUAAAUUUAGUGAUGUGAUGGACUAUGACUUGGACAGACACAACUGGUACAUUCCUGGACUGUGGCAGGGGGUCCCACCAAUGGCUCCUGUAAAUUCUGCAUACAGUGAACAUGUUUCUGAGCUUAAAAAAUAUCUAUUACAAUUCCUCAAAACCCCGAAACUUCGGGACAAGGCUUUAACAAUACCUGAUUUCUGUAAAUGGCUCACAAAUUUGUGGACUGCUGUCAAACAUGAAAAAUUCAUCUUCAGUUUCAGAAACAGUCUGGUGGCUGAAGCUUAUAAUAAGUUGUCAAUGCAGUUUUCCCUGUGGGAAUGGGAUUUCACUAAAGAGGUCCAUAAAUGGGUAGUAAGGAAAGAGACCAACAUUAAGAAUCAAUCAACUCACAGUUUUGAUGAAAACAGAUAUGAGACAAUCGAGGAUCUUGAUCAGCUUGUCCAUGAUGAAGAGAAGAAAAUGAUAGAGAUGAUAGAGAAAUAUUAUGAAAGUGAAUCGGAAAACAUUAAUCUGAUAGAAAGAUAUCGAGAAGAUUUUAAAAAGAGUGUCACCAGUCUGAGAAAAGAACUCAGGAGAAACGCUAUUGACAAGUAUGAAAAAGCUCUUUCUAUACGAAAAGGAAACCUAAAGAUUCAAGACAUGAAAGAAAAAUACCAGGAAUUAAUUGAAAAGAAAAUCGAUGGACUUCUAAAAACUUGCAGAGAGAAGAACAACGAGCUAAGUGAAGGAAAAGUAGAAGGUGAAUUUAAUGCCAUGUGGGACAAGACGCUGUCAGAUUUACAAAUUCAGAAACUGAAAAAGUGUAAUGUGAGUGAUGCAAUUCUCCGGCAACUUCGACAGGACAUGACCAACAAAGGAUCUGAUAUAAAUAAAACAUUACUGGAUGUAAAAAAGUUAACGGAUUACGGCACCAACUUUAAUAUUGAUAAUAACCAUGUAGAUCUGCAUUGGGUUUCAAAAAUAUGGAAACAAUUCCGUGGAACAAGUAACGAACCAUACGAAAGGCUUAAAGAUCUUGCUACGUCAUUGACAGAGAUGUGUGACAGAUAUGUCACUGAGAGGGAGAAUACCAAUGAGGACUAUGAUGACACUUACUGCAGGGAAAUUCUGCAAAUGAUCAAUACAAAACUAGAAGAUGUACAGUCUAAGAAGCUUCACUUCACAGUUCAGUUUGAGUUGGACAUCAAGCUCUUAAUUUUUAGAAAAGCAUCUAAUAGGUUUCAGCAGAUGCAUGAUAGGUUUAUUAGAACAAAUGACCCAAGAACCUGCAUGGACAACCUAAAGCCUGAUUACUGGACUAUCUUUCUUGAUGUUUUUAAAGCAAAAGAUGAAUCUCAAAACCGAGGUCGUCAGUUCUGUGAAAAGUGCCUGACCCCAGCAAUAACUGAUUACGUUUACAAUCAUCUGGGGAGAAUGAUGGUUGAUGACAUUUUAAAUGGCUCCGAAAACCAGAUCUUCAAAAGUAGAAGCUUUUUCCAGUACUAUCUUCUGAAGAACCUACUGGAUGAAAUGUCUUUUCAGAAAUACGUUCAAUAUAUUAAAUAUUAUGAAAGGUUUUCAAAAGACUUGAUCCUAAAUAAAAUAAAAGAAAUCUAUCAGAAACCAGAAGCUCUCAAGCCAUUACAGGCAGAUCUCAUCAGCUCUAUCAGCCGAGAAGUGAAAGACAUUCUUGAAGAAGAUGCAAUUCUGAACAGUGACAACAUCCCUCAGUUCUUAGAAAAUGUUCAGAAGAAGUUAAAUGAAAAGCUCGUUAUUUCCCAGACAGCAAUGAAAAUAAUUUCUUUUAAUAACGAGAUUAAUGUUCGGCAGUUCUCAUCUGAUAUUCAGCUUUUUCUUGUUUCCACAGAACAACAGGUCCUGUCAGAUCUGAAGUCUAUGAGUAUUAACUCUCUACUUUCCAAAAUCAAACUGAAUCCUCAGGAUGAAUUGUUCAGGAAGGUGAUUGGAUGUGGACAUCAGUGUCCAUUCUGUAAAGUCCCCUGUGAGGCCGGAGGUGCUGACCACAAGGAGCACUUUGCUUCUACUCAUAGACCUAAAGGUUUGGGACAAUACAGAUGGUCAGACACUGGAAUUUUAACCACAGACAUUUGUACUACGUCUGUUGUGUCUAAAACUCGCUUUAGAAAUUCAGACACAGAUUGGGAAUCUCAUCCAUACAAGGAGUAUCGCAUUUACUAUCCGGACUGGGCCAUCGAACCCGACCCCAGCAUGGAGUCCUCAGAUUACUGGAAAUAUGUCUUUGCUCAGUUUAAUAAAGAAUUUGCUGAAGAAUAUGGAGCCAAACCAGCUGACCUGCCUAACGACUGGAAGAAAAUAACAGUAGAAGAGGCCCUCAACAGCUUAAAGAAAACAUUCAAUGUCUGCUAGGAGCUACAUAAAUAUAUGAGUACGUACAUACAUAUGUGUACAAGAAGCGUCUCAGUUAUACGAUUCCACUGAUAAAAGAUGUUUAAUCGCUUUCAGGAUUUGUAAAUGUUGACCCCACCCACUUGUACAUCUAUAGUCAUACAAGGAGGUUUACAGCAGUAUGUGGACAUGGUCAGCAGGACUCACAGGCUCCCCCUAUGAAUCCUGGCAGCAGUUAGACAGCCUUUUACAUAAAUCAAAUGAU